CGGAGCCCCCGAGGAGGAUGAGGAGGGAAGCUGGCCCGAGCGGGCAGCAUCUCACGGACGUGCGGCCGCGGCUGUGUCUCGGCAAAAACUAAGACAGUCAGAAAAUGCAGCGCGGCACCCUCCUCGCCCAGCCCGGGCUCUGGACCGGGGACAUCGGCUGGACGUUCCUCUAUUUCCUCUGCUGCGCUCUCCCUCAGACGGCCCCGCAAGUGCUCCGGAUCGGAGGGAUUUUUGAAACUGUGGAAAACGAGCCCGUUAAUGUUGAAGAAUUAGCUUUCAAGUUCGCAGUCACCAGCAUUAACAGGAACCGAACCCUGAUGCCUAACACCACAUUAACCUAUGACAUCCAGAGAAUUAAUCUUUUUGAUAGUUUUGAAGCCUCGCGGAGAGCCUGUGACCAGUUGGCUCUCGGGGUGGCUGCCCUCUUCGGCCCUUCUCAUAGCUCCUCCGUCAGUGCUGUGCAGUCCAUUUGCAAUGCUCUGGAAGUUCCACACAUACAGACGCGCUGGAAGCACCCCUCGGUGGACAAUAAGGACUUGUUUUACAUCAACCUCUACCCAGAUUAUGCAGCUAUCAGCAGGGCAAUCCUGGAUCUGGUCCUCUAUUACAACUGGAAAACAGUGACCGUGGUGUAUGAAGACAGCACAGGUCUAAUUCGUCUGCAAGAGCUCAUCAAAGCUCCCUCCAGAUAUAACAUUAAAAUCAAAAUCCGCCAGCUGCCCUCUGGGAAUAAAGAUGCCAAGCCCUUACUCAAGGAGAUGAAGAAGGGCAAGGAGUUCUAUGUGAUAUUUGAUUGCUCGCAUGAAACAGCAGCUGAAAUCCUUAAACAGAUUUUGUUCAUGGGCAUGAUGACUGAAUACUACCACUACUUUUUCACAACCUUGGACUUAUUUGCUUUAGAUCUAGAGCUCUACAGGUACAGUGGAGUGAAUAUGACUGGGUUCCGGCUGCUCAACAUAGACAAUCCGCACGUAUCAUCCAUCAUCGAGAGGUGGUCCAUGGAAAGGCUGCAGGCCCCACCUAGGCCUGAGACUGGUCUUUUGGACGGCAUGAUGACAACGGAAGCAGCUCUGAUGUACGAUGCAGUGUAUAUGGUGGCCAUCGCCUCCCACCGAGCCUCACAGCUGACCGUCAGCUCCCUACAGUGCCAUCGACACAAGCCAUGGCGCCUGGGACCCCGAUUUAUGAACCUGAUCAAAGAGGCUCGAUGGGAUGGCUUGACUGGGCGCAUCACCUUUAAUAAGACUGAUGGCCUGAGGAAAGAUUUUGAUCUGGACAUCAUUAGUCUUAAAGAAGAAGGAACUGAAAAGAUUGGGAUUUGGAACUCCAACAGUGGACUCAACAUGACGGAUGGCAACAAAGACAAGACCAACAAUAUCACCGAUUCACUGGCCAACCGAACACUCAUUGUCACCACCAUUCUGGAAGAGCCCUAUGUGAUGUACAGGAAAUCGGAUAAGCCCCUAUAUGGGAAUGACAGAUUUGAAGGAUAUUGCCUGGAUCUGCUGAAAGAAUUGUCAAACAUCCUAGGUUUCCUUUAUGAUGUUAAACUAGUCCCUGAUGGCAAAUAUGGUGCCCAGAAUGACAAAGGAGAGUGGAAUGGGAUGGUUAAAGAACUCAUAGAUCACAGGGCUGAUCUGGCAGUGGCUCCUCUUACCAUCACUUAUGUUCGGGAGAAGGUCAUUGACUUCUCCAAGCCCUUCAUGACCUUGGGCAUCAGCAUUCUCUACCGGAAGCCCAAUGGGACCAACCCGGGUGUCUUCUCCUUCCUCAACCCUCUGUCUCCAGACAUUUGGAUGUACGUGCUCUUAGCUUGCUUGGGAGUCAGUUGUGUUCUCUUUGUCAUUGCAAGGUUUACACCCUAUGAAUGGUAUAACCCCCAUCCGUGCAACCCUGACUCAGAUGUGGUGGAAAACAAUUUUACUUUACUAAAUAGUUUCUGGUUUGGAGUUGGAGCUCUCAUGCAGCAAGGAUCAGAGCUGAUGCCUAAAGCUCUCUCGACCAGAAUAGUUGGUGGAAUAUGGUGGUUUUUCACCCUAAUCAUCAUUUCAUCCUACACUGCCAAUCUUGCUGCCUUCUUGACAGUAGAGAGGAUGGAAUCCCCCAUAGAUUCGGCAGAUGACCUGGCAAAGCAAACCAAGAUAGAAUACGGCACAGUCAGAGAUGGAUCAACAAUGACCUUCUUCAAGAAAUCAAAGAUAUCCACUUACGAGAAGAUGUGGGCUUUCAUGAGCAGUAGGCAACAGAGUGCCCUGGUGAAAAACAGUGAUGAGGGUAUCCAAAGAGUGCUCACCAUGGACUACGCCCUGCUGAUGGAGUCCACUAGCAUCGAGUAUGUGACACAGAGAAACUGCAACCUCACCCAGAUCGGGGGCCUCAUCGACUCCAAAGGUUAUGGAGUGGGGACGCCUAUCGGCUCUCCUUACCGGGAUAAAAUUACAAUUGCUAUCCUUCAACUACAAGAAGAGGGGAAGCUGCAUAUGAUGAAAGAGAAAUGGUGGCGGGGAAAUGGCUGCCCUGAAGAAGAUAGCAAAGAGGCCAGUGCUCUGGGAGUAGAAAAUAUUGGGGGCAUCUUCAUUGUCCUGGCUGCUGGACUGGUCCUUUCUGUAUUUGUAGCCAUUGGAGAAUUUAUUUACAAAUCGCGGAAGAACAGUGAUAAUGACCAGAAAGGAAAGUCAUCAAGACUUAGAUUUUAUUUUAGGAACAAAGUAAGGUUUCAUGGGAGAAAAAAACAAAGCCUUGGUGUAGAGAAGGUUUGUUCAUUUUCUAUAGCAUUACUGAAGUGUCCGUAUGCCUUGAUAAACCUAUCAAUGUUUGGAUCAUCUCAAUGGGGGAAAUGCCUUAAUUUAACUCUAUUUUGGUGUCUCAGCAAAGUGUCUCUCUUUCAAUGCCAUCAUGGAAGAACUGGGAAUCUCUCUGAAGAAUCAAAAAAAAUUAAAGAAAAAGUCAAGAACUAAGGGGAAAUCUUCUUUCACAAGUAUUCUUACUUGUCAUCAGAGACGAACUCAGAGGAAAGAGACUGUGGCAUGAUCCAAGAAAACACCUGCAGAAAUGUUCCGGGAAGAAAAAGGAUAUGCACAUUUUGGAGGAAGGAUUUCUGAUAAAUGUGUUUCCAUAUAUCUAUAUCCUUAACUCUAGUUAUGGAUAUAGAUAUAAGAAAUGCAAAAUUUUUUAAACUCAUGGAUAUUACUCGGGAAGUGGCAUCAGUUCUUUUGAAAUGAAUUUGUAUGCACAAUUAUUUUGCAUUUUCCCUUUUGCCCCAAUAAAUUGCUGUGUGUGCUUUCUAAAUAACAAUAAAAAACAGGGUUUUUUCCCUU